AUGUAUGCUGUGACCAUUAGUGAUGAGGGUGACUGUUACCGGUGUUUCCCGCCCGACCCGGGCAUUGGUACUACUGCUCUAGGUGCUUGUGAGGCUACUGCUCUAGGUGCCGGUGUGCCUGUGCUCUCAGGUGCUGGUGAGGCUGCUCUCUCAGGUACUAGUGAGUCUGCGCUCUCAGGUAAUGUGUCGGGUGCGGCCUCCCACACCUUCACACUUGACUCUGGAGCGUCUCGCUCCUUCUUUCGGGACCGCACCACACUCACGCCACUUAGUCGGCCGGUUGCGGUGUCCCUGGCUUACCCCUCUGGGGGUCCUGUCCUGUCUCGCUUCUCCACAGUCCUCCCGUGUCCGGCGGCUCCCUCUGGCACCCUAUCUGGUCUCUACCUCCCCUCGUUCUCUACGAACUUGGUGAGUGGUGCUGACCUACAGGAUGCGGAAGUCCACCAGUUCACCCCUGCUCGUCAGCGAGUGACGCACUGCAUAGAGGCUAGCACAGGUCGACACCUGGCUACGUUUACACGUCAGCCAGGGUCGAGCCUGUACACACUGACCACUGCUUCUCCUCCAGUUCCAGUGUCUGGUAGGGUCCCUUCGCCAGGUCAGGUGUUUGCUGCAGCGUCCAGGUCUGGUCCUGAGUCUGCCCCCUGUUCGUGUCGUCGCCUGUCUCACGAGACUCUCCUCUUGCACCACCGCCUGGGCCACCCCUCUCUGCUUCGGCUCAGAGGCAUGGCCUUCCGUCUUCUUGUGUCUGGUCUUCCCCGGUCCCUCCCUCCCCUUCCUCAGGGCCCUGGCCCUGCCUGUGUCCCCUGUGUCGAGGGGCGCCAGCGUGCUGCCCCUCACUCCUCCCAGUUUCCUCCGACAGAGGCUCUGUUGCAGACGCUUCACAUGGACGUGUGGGGCCCUGCCCGCGUCCGUGGACUCGGUCACGAGCGCUACUUCCUUUUGGUGGUUGACGACUACUCACGUUACACCACAGUCUUCCCCUUGCGCAGCAAGGGUGAUGUCACUGAGGUGCUGAUCCACUGGAUCCGCGCAGCUCGUCUCCAGCUCAGGCAGAGCUUUGGCUCGGACUUUCCUGUGUUGCGUCUGCACUCGGACAGAGGCGGCGAGUUCUCCUCUGGCCUUCUGCGUGCCUACUGUCAUGCGCGAGGCAUCCGUCAGACCUUCACGCUUCCGGACUCACCGCAGCAAAAUGGGAUUGCAGAGCGCCGCAUUGGCAUUAUCAUGGACGUCGCCCGUACGUCUAUGAUGCAUGCGGCUGCCCCCCAUUUUCUGUGGCCAUUUGCGGUCAGGUACGCGGCGCAUCAGAUCAACCUCCACCCCAGGGUCUCCAUGCCGGAGACCUCCCCAGCCCUGCUGUGGACGGGGAAGGUUGGCGAUGCGUCGGCGUUCCGGGUCUGGGGAUCUCGGGCGUUUGUCCGCGACUUGUCUGCGGACAAGCUGUCCCCUCGCGCUACACCCUGCGUCUUCGUUGGGUUCCCCCCCGACGCCCCUGGGUGGCAGUUCUACCACCCCACCUCUCGCCGUGUUCUGUCCUCCCAGGACGUCACGUUCGACGAGUCGGUCCCAACCCCGGUAGACCCCCUUCCCCCUCAGGGUCCUGCCCCUUCAGGUGUGUCCCAGGUAGACGCGGUUGAGCCUUCUGAGGGUGCUGAGCCUGGGGGUGCUGAGCCUGGGGGUGCUGGGCCUGGAGGUGCUGAGCCUGGGGGUGCUGAGCCUGGGGGUGCUGAGCCUGGGGGUGCUGAGCCUGGGGGUGCUGAGCCUGGGGGUGCUGAGCCUGGGGGUACUAAGACCGGAGGUGCUACGCCUGGAGGUGCUGUGCCUGAGGGUUCUUCGCCUGGAGGUUCUCCGGGUGCUUCAUCUCGCCGAGAGCCACUCUCCCCACAGGAGCUGCGUGAGUGGUUUGCCCGGCGCAGGAGGCAUGCUGCUGGUGCUGGAGGUUCUUCGGCUGCUGAGGGUGCUGCUCCCGUGCGUCCCGGAGGUGCUCGUACUGGGAGUACUGGAGCUGCUGGGCCUGCGGGUUCUACUGGAGCUGGUGCUGCUGAGCGUGUUGGCGCUGAGACUACUGCUGGCGGUCCGGCUGGCGGUGCUCCUGGUGCUACUGGAGGUUCUGGUGCUGCUGGGGGUUCUGGAGCUAUUGGAGGUGCUACUGGAGGUGCUGCUGGAGGUGCUGCUGGAGCGGGUGCUCCUGCUGGGGGUACUGGUGCUGUCCCUGCUGUUUCUGGCUCAUAG